AUGCGUUGCUUUACGUGGUUAUCAGCAAUGGCUCUAUUUUCCGCUACAACCUUGGCUGGAUCCCUUACCGGUUUAGAUAUUAAGGUUACUCAUCAGAUUCCAAUAAGUAAAUGUCCUACCAAAGCUCUUGCGGGCGAUCUGGUAGAUGUUCAUUAUGUAGGUAAACUAAGAGACACUGAAGCUAAAUUUGAUUCCAGUUAUGAUAGAGGUACUCCAAUCACUUUUAAAUUAGGUUCCGGUCAAGUUAUUGAAGGUUGGGAUAAAGGUCUAGUAGGAAUGUGUAUUGGUGAAAAACGUACCAUCCAAAUUCCAAGUUCAAUGGCAUAUGGUGCUAGAGGUAUUCCAGGUGUUAUUCCAGAAAAUGCAGAUUUGGUCUUUGAUGUUCAAUUGGUCAAUAUAAAAUAA